UAAAAUAUAUAGACCUUUACAUCCUUAUUCUCCAAUGACCUUCAUACUGACCUUAAAGGGACAGAGCAGAGUCCUCACACCUCUAGUCUGCUAGUUUGGGGCUUCAGUGAGCAUCACAUGAGGUUACUUGUAUGAAUGGCAAUCCAUACAGGCAUCAAAAGCCGCAGCAUCUAAAACUGAAUUUGUUGAAAAGAUUUUAAAAUUACUGAGGUUGUUUUGAUUUAAGGACAAUUUAACCAGACAUGAUGGUCAAGGUUGUAGGCUUUAUAAUCAUGGUCAUAAGUGAUAUUUUAGCCCUGAUGCCAGUAGCACUUAUCGUUUCUAGUUUCCCUUUAGCCAGCCAAAUUGUUUUAAAAUGGAGCCUAGCUACACUGAUUUUUUUAAAGCAUUGGAAUAGUCUUGACUUGUGCAAUAAGGAACAGGAGAGGAUGCAGAGGUUUCUCCAUGUGUCUGUCUGUCUAGGCCACCAGGGGGGACUCAUUCCUCAUCUAUAUCAUUUACUGAAUCAAGUAUCUGAAAAAAACCACCUGUUCUUGAAGCAGAUUUAGAAAGUCACAGAGUUCCGUGGAGAGCUUGUCUUCAUUCGUGUUAAAAGAGCUUUUAUAUAAAAUCUUGUAAAUCUACAGCACUCUUUCCAGUCUGCCCAUGCACGUCAGCCGCCCAAUGUGCUGUGCAGCGAAGCAGGUACAAGUCUGGCUGCAGAGGGAUGUGCUUUCAGCUGGAUAAUCAUAUGUAUCAAUAGGGUACAGUCAGUGCCAUCUCAUGCCCAUCUCAAACUGAUCUGUGAAUUUUGCUACACCUAUUGGACUGCCAGAAGACUCGGCAGAGAGCUUGGCUUGGUUUCUUACUGAUCAGACACUACAUCAGUAACCAUGGUUGAAAGGAGCCUUUUUUUGACUGUACAUGCACAAGGUGGCUCUUCUUUAGUGGCUGCUUCAUCGCUCCUUAGUGGCUGUUGCAUCACUCCAUUUCGUUUUGCCAACUAUUACAUCCUUCCCAAUUUAUUUCAAUUUCACUACAUAUUUUACUAUUUUUAAGCAAAAUUUGGCCAUUUGGAAACAGAACUGUAUUAUUGCUGUGAUCACAAAGGGUCUCUAUGUUUUAUAGCAUCCUAUUAAACAACAGCAAAUAUCUGUGUGUGAUGAAUGCAUUCUGGAGAUCUGUCAGGAAAGUUGUGUAAUUUUGAAUUCCCACUUACAAGCUAAAGGUUAGAAGUUUCUUUCAGUCUUGAACUCUGUCAGGCCAGUGGGACUCUUCUUGUGGUCUGUAGAAAGAUUUGGAAAUACUGAAGAGAAUUCUCCAGCCAUAUUAAAUUUCCAGAUUUUUGUCUUACUUUGUGAAUUGUUACAUGUAUUAGCUCAUUAAAGUUGGCACUUUUAGGUACUUUUAAUUGAAUUCUCACCUUCCUUAACUAGUCUUGAACUCCCCCCAUCUUCUGGGCACAUCAGUCAUGGUUUUGUGCAUGUCACUAGUCCUAAAUUAUCUUUUGCAUUACAUAUUCAGGCUUCUGAAAACCAAUUUCUUUAUCUUUUGCUGCUUUAUAAUAUGUAAAAUAUUACGCUGAUGUGCACAGAAUUUGUGAGAAUAAAAGGUUUUAGCACUGUGAUGGGGAGUGGGGAAAGUCAUAACAAUUGAUUGUUAUAUUUGUUGCAAGUAAUUUUUCUUGAGUUUCCUGCUUAGCACAAAACCAAAUACCGGUAUAUUGUAUAUACUGCUUCUUUCUCAUAAAAAAUGCAAUUUCUGAUCUAAGAGGAGCCUGCAGACAUACAAAUCAAGUAGGUAAUGCAUGAAAAAGAAAUUUCUGUAAGUCAUUCUAUAUAUUCAGUGAGUUUCUGUAUUUUAUUAUAUUCAGAAAAAAAAAUUAAUUGUCUUUCCUGUCAGUUAGGUGGUGAUUGUGCUCUCUUGAAUGAGGUAUUAAACUUUUUUUUGAUCUGUUUCUUUAGUUGGGACUAGCAAUAUUGCUGGGUUUGCGCAGUGAAAGCUGACCCAGGUUUGGGUCACAAAAUUGAUAUAGCAGAUACAGACAAAAUAUGUUAUUCUUUGUGUGUUGCACUACCAGACAGAAAUAAGAGUGUGUAUCUAAUACCAAAAGUGCUGUAAGAGUUUCUGGUUUAGUGUUUCAGACUUGAGUAACAAAAUGUGCAACCUGGCCGCCUUCAACAUCCGAGGGUAAAAUUGGGUUCCCAACCUAGCUUCACUGGUGACAGGUAGAUUCUGUGUUCUUACAGAAACUUCCAAGUCACAAUUUGACAGCUUUUGUUGUUAACUGUCUCAUGUUCGGUGUCCGCCUGGCCCCAAGCCUGUGCAUUGCAUCGUCACAGCAGUCAGGGGUUGGGCUUUGUGCUCUUUGGCAAUUCUUCAGCACAGCUUCUCCAGGAGAGACUGUGGGCAAGAGCAUGGGAUAAGGUCACAGAGGGAGGCUGGGAGGCAGACAUGGGACUUACCAAUUGUAAUUUUAUGGAUUUUUAAGACUGCUUUCACUAAGAAGUAUAACUGUGAUAGACACAGCUUUGAAGAUGGCUGUGCUGUGGUUCGACUCAAUAACAUGUGAGACACUUGCAUUCAGCUCCGGUACUUACCUCCAUUUGGAAAUACAUCAUCUAAUUACACUCCUCCAGAGUGCUGGUGUGUUCUUAAAGCAUGGUGAGCUUUGUAAGAAAUUCAUUCUGAAAACUUGUGAGAGUUAUUGAAUACCAUGUCAAUAAAAGAGUGGACUUAGUCUUCAUAAUGUGUGGAUUUUUCUCUGCUUUAGUAUGUACAGGAAUUUCUGUGAGUGUUUGAAAGUACUCUUUAACAAAUGUUACAUCUGAUGAGUCAACAAAACUUGGCCUUUAUGUGCUUCUGGUAACCAUAAUUUUACUUCUCCUCACUUCCCCUUUUCACAGAGUUUUCUCUUUCAUUUUUCACUCGUGGCUUGAGCUGUGCUGUCUGGGGAAAAUGUAACAACAAAACCAGAAAUUCAUUCUCUUCACAAAAUUUACUGUGAUGAUAACUGAUAGUGCUGCAGUAGGAUUAAUUAAGAUUGCAGAGAAUUUGACAAAAUAACCAAAGGCAAAAUUCCCUGAAGACAUGUGACUGAGGAUGACUGUGCUGAAUUUUUGUUCCUCUUUUCCUCAAACAAAGUUUUAUUCCACCGAAUAGUGAGCAAAAUAAGUAACUAUGUUUGGACUAUUUUUUUUCAUUUUAUUCGCCCCUGGAGUCAGUGAACUUCUUUGUACAUCGUCAGAUCUAGACAUAUCAUAUACUUUUUGUGAUUCUACAGCCCAUGCUUUCAUGUUUAAUUUGACUCCUUGCAGCACCAUGAACAAAUCCACCUGGAAGGCUGCUCUUAGCUGGAUUCCAAGAAGUGACAUCACCUUUCUGAAGAUUGUCUUCAAUGUCUGGUACGAUGGUGCCAAAGCAUUACACUGGAAAGAAGUCCUUUGCAGUGGAGCUGAUGAUGAAUACUCAGUGUGUGGAACACUGAAAGGAGAAACAAUUGCAACAGCAUUUGACAUUAAAGGUGCAAGAACAAAGUUUCCAAAGGGCAAUUAUAACAUUAUUUUACAAGGAUUUUCUGAAGAUUCUGAGAAAAAUAUGAUCAUGUGCUUGAAUUUCACCAUGAUAGUAAAACAAGAUGCUUUCUGAAUGCAACAAAUGUUUCAAAUAAUUUCAGAACACAGAGGUCGCUUCUGCAAGCGACUGGAAUCUAAGCUGCAAAAUAAUAAGCACUCUAAUAUUCCUGAGGUAGAAUACAUCAAACCCAGUAUCUGGAUUCCAGCGACUAUCUAUCAUGGAAAGCUACAUGAGGGAUAGUCUUAUCCAUUUAUAGCACUGCUGUAACAGACGAUCAGUCAAUGUGCACAAAAUAUCUGGGAAUCAGGCAUCCUGAUUAAUCCCCAGAAUAACCGUGAUUGGAUGUCAGGCUGAGUGUUUUGGUGCUGUGCCUUGAGUUAUGAAAAAGCCAAGUCCUUCAGACUGUGCUAAACUAAUUCAAGAAGUUUCGAAGUGCAAGAAUCAGAAGUUUACUAAUACUCAAUUUAAAAUGGAACAGCAAUUGCAUCUGGGAACCAUGUUGUGUAAUUUUUCUUUUUUUUUUUCCUUUAAACAAUAAAAUUAUUUGUACUAUUG